AUGACAAUCUAUUAUGUAAAUGAGAAAAUUAAAGUAAUUUUAUUUUAAAAAAACGAAAGUCUUUAAAUAUUUUUCAUUUUCUUAUGUAAAAAGAAGAAAAACAACAAUUAUUCUAUUUAAAAUAUUCAUUAGUAUAAUGAUUUUGAUAAAGAAAUAAUUGUGCAUUAAUUCAAGGACAACUCUUUAUAUAUAAUCAUUUCCAAGAAAUUUUCGAUAUUAAUUUCGAUAAGAUUUAUCGUAUCUUAUUUUAUGUAAUUAAAAUUUUUCUUAGUACCUUAAAAAAUGUAAGUCUUUAAACUUUAAACUUUAAUUUUAAAGAUUCCUUUAAAAAAAAUUUAAAUAAUUUAUUAACGUUUUCUUUAAAAUUUUUAUUUUAUUUUAAAAGAUAGAGACCUUCAACAAUAUUAUUUAUAAAUCUAUCAGAAAUUUCCAUUGAAAAAAAGAAACAAUUGCUUAUUUAUUUCGUUAGAAAUUAUUAUUAUUACUAUUAUGCAAUGAAUAUACUGUACGUUAAGAACGUUAAGAAUGAAAAUUUGAUUGAUUAUAUUAUUUAUUUUUAGUGGAAUAUUGAUCUAUUCACUCCUCUCGAUAAGUACUAUAAUCCCUCAAAGUCAAAAUAUUCCUUCGAAGAAUCUCUUUAUCGCCUUUUUUUCUUAUGCCAGAGGCAAUUCAAUAACUUUGUUUAUAUAACUUUGUAUUUUAAACGUACAAUAUAAUAAUGCAAUUGUAAUCUGAGAUGGCAAUAUUUGCUUCAAAAUCCAAUUUGACUAUAAAAUAUUGUGAAAUGUUUUUAUCAUUGAAAUGAAGUAUAAGUAUAAAAAAAACAAAGUUUCUUCUAAUUCUUAAACAUUUACAUUUGGGGAAGGAGACGAUAUACUUACUUAUCUGUCUAAGAGAUAAUUUAUAUUUCACGUAAAAAACAAAAAGAGGGAGAAAUAUAUAUAUAUGACGUUUUGUCACGUUAUAUUCGUCAAACGUUAUUUGAAUAUUGAAGAAAAUAGUACAGGAAUCAUUUGUUUAAAGUUUAUUACUAGUUGAAUAAAUACACGAAAACAUGGAAUCGUGUGCGAGGGGAACUUGCUCCUCGGCGUUGCAAUCGUCGCCAGCUUCCGUUUUCACUAUGCUGAUACAAACGUUAAUCGCAUCCCGUUGCGGAUUAAGCAAUACGAAUAAAUAUCCCUCAAGUAACGAAGAAGAAAUUUUAUAUUCGGGAAUGGAAUUCGAUUUUGUGAUCGUUGGUGGUGGAAGCGCGGGAUCUAUUUUGGCUCGCAGAUUAACGGAAGUGCAGGAUUGGAACGUUUUGUUAAUCGAAAGAGGAGUGGAUCCCUUACCUGAAACCGUGCCACCUGGCCUUUUCAACAAUAAUUUAGGUGGACCGCAAGAUUACUAUUACGCGAUCGAGCCACAAGAAGGCAUCUGUCUGAGCAUCAAAGACAAACGAUGUAAAUGGUCGAGGGGCAAAGCACUUGGGGGAAGCUCGGUGAUCAACGGGAUGAUACACAUCUUCGGGAAUCGAAGGGACUUCGACGGUUGGGCGAGUCAAGGAAAUCCUGGAUGGAACUUCGACGAAGUACUCCCAUACUUUAGAAAGUCCUUAAGCUGCUCGCCCGAAUACAUAGCCGAACACGGCGACAAGUAUUGCGGGACGAACGGUCCCCUCAGAGUCAGAUACUACAAUUACACCGUGACAGACUUCGAGGAUGUAAUUCUGGAGGCGGCUCGAGAAGCGGGCCAUCCCAUUCUCAAAGCUGUGAACGGCGAUCGCUACCUGGGAUUCGGAAGAGUGUUGGGCACCCUCGACGAAGGGAGACGGCAAAGUUGCUCGAAAGCUUUCCUGAGUCCCGUCAGAGACAGGAAGAACUUGUACGUAAUAACGUCGAGCAGAGCGGACAAGAUUCUGUUCGAGGGUAAACGCGCUGUCGGUGUUCGAAUCACUUUGAGCAACAACAAAUCGGUGGAGGUGAGAGCGACGAAGGAAGUGAUCCUCUCGACCGGAACUAUGGUCAGCCCGCAGCUGCUGAUGCUCUCGGGCAUCGGGCCGAAAGAACACCUGAAGGAAUUGGGGAUACCCGUUCUGGUCGAUCUGCCCGUUGGGAAGAAUCUUCAAGAUCACGUGAUAUGGUUCGGCCUGUAUUACUCUAUCGUGAACGAGUCGGUGACGUCCGCCCCCACUGAGCAGGAUCAAUUGAACUCCGCUUACGAGUAUUUGGAAUUCGACAGAGGCCCGUUAAGGACCCUCGCCAACGACCUCGUCGCGUUCAUCAAUCCUAUCGAUCCUGAAUCCAUAUAUCCCGAAGUGCAAUUAUUGUUCUCUCAAAUCCAACGCUACGAUAAGAACGGGUUAAAGAGCCUGUUGCAUUCUUACGACGUGAACGAUAAGAUUUUACAAAUAAUGACAGACGAGAUCAUGAAGAAUGGCUUGAUCACCGCUUACGCCUCGUUAAUGAGACCGUUGAGUCGAGGGGUGAUCGAAUUGCGUAGCGCCGAUCCAGCCGAGCGGGUAAAGAUUUACUCGAAUUAUUACACCGUGCAGGACGAUUGGAAGAGAUUGAUGAAAGCUGUGCCAACGCUGAAGAGUUUAUUGAACACGACGAUCUUGCAGAAGUAUAAAGCCAAGUUCCACACCUUCGAUAUUCCCCAAUGUCGCAACAUAACCGCCGACACCGAGGAAUAUUACGAAUGCAACAUUAGGCACGCCACUGGCACGAAUUAUCACGCGUGUUGCACGAACAGAAUGGGCCCAGCCAACGAUUCCAGAACGGUCGUGGACGCCAGAUUGAGGGUUCAUGGCGUGACGAAUUUACGUGUUAUCGAUUCGUCGGUCAUGCCGAACAUCACCAGCGCAAAUAUACAUGCGCCUACCAUGAUGAUCGCUGAGAAAGGAGCGGAUUUGAUUAAACAGGAUUGGGGUAUACGAAUAUAAAGAUUCUAUUAUAUAGGAUGUAUAUAGCGUAGAAAAUUGAUAAUAAUAUCGUAUAACUAAUGAAGAAAUUAUUGUGGACGUUUAAUAUCUUCAAUUAAAUAAAUUAUAAUAUGAAAA